AUGCCCAAAACCUUCUUUGUCGUCAGUGUAGCUGGCACAGGCAUCAUAAGCCUGAUCUGUGUCUUUAUCAUCAUCUACUUGGUGAAGGAUAUCAAUGACUUCUACGAUGAAGUCAUCCAAGAGCUUUCAGAGUUUAACGGUCUGGCCGAGUCAGCAUGGCAUGAGAUGCAGCCGUCUUACCUCGCACGAAAUAGAAGAAGUGGUCUUUCCAUGCAAAAGCCCAGAAAACCUCGUCAGUGGCCAGCACACUGCGCUUGCGCAUUGAUAUCAAUGAGCUGCCCGAUUGGUCCACCUGGUCCACCGGGGAUGCCUGGGCCCGAUGGAGAGGAUGGCCCACCAGGUUCGCCUGGUAGACGUGGAAACGAUGGAAUCACUAUAAGUCAUGGGGGUGGAGCUGGCGGAUGCAUAGCAUGCCCGGCAGGACCUCCCGGACCUGCGGGACCUGAUGGACACGCGGGUUUGCCUGGACCCAUUGGAAUGCCUGGAAAAAGCGGAGCGGGAGGAGGUAUGGGCCCGCCAGGACCGCCCGGACCUGCCGGAGAUCCCGGACCUGCUGGAGAAGCUGGAAAUGCGGGAGCACCAGGUAUGCCAGGUAGCCCAGGACAGCGCAGCAUCGGCACACCAGGACCAGCUGGAAUGCAGGGUCCAAUGGGACCGCCUGGUCCACCUGGCUCAGAAGGACUUUACGGUGUAGAACCAUCGCCUGGUCCGCCAGGCCCUGUAGGGCCCCCAGGAAGGGCCGGGCCACCGGGACCAGAUGGAAUAAGGGGACCUCCUGGAUCUUCUGGUAUGCCAGGCGGUGACGGUCACUACUGCCCCUGUCCACCACGCACCAUUAGACAAAGAAACACUAGCAAAUAUCAUAAAAAAGACGAUGCCCUAGCACAUUCAAAAAGGAGGCUGCUGUUUCUAUUUGCUCAACCCAAAACAAUCGCAGUACUCGCAAAUAAAAGCAGGCCAGUAGAUCGCUUAAAAAAGAAGGUCACUAAAUAG